AUGGCUCCUUCUGCUGCUACCGAGGCCAAGCAGGGAAAGGCACUCAGCGGAAAACGCACGACGUUCCUUAAACAGUAUUACAGCAUAGUGGGCGAAUCCGGCGUUCAAAAUCAGACGGUGAAUGGCGACCGUUCGGACGCGUAUCACAAUAUCGCGCGUGCUUUGGUGCUAUGCUUUGGCGUCGACGAUCCUCUCAGCAACGACGACCCCGAUCUGGAUUACUGGGAUCUACCUUACGCCUCUAUACCUGCAGCAAACGCUAUGCCCGCCCUCGACGAGGAGCAGUCCAAGAAGCGCGACAUUGUCAUCGAAGGUUUAGUUCAGCGGGUUCGUAAUUAUUACAAGGGCCUGCGUCACAAGGCGAAGACUACUGGCGGCAAGGCUAGUCUCGACAUGAAGCAUAUCGAACGCAUCACCGCCGCUUUCGCCAAUCCUCCCAAGAUGCCGAAGGCUCUCGACGUCUACCAGUCGGACUUCAAGUCCCACUAUCUUCCCAGUUUCGAUAGGAUGUGGCGGGCGAAGGAGAGCGAAGCUGCGGGUGACGCUGCUCAACUCGAGCGGCUCAAGAACACUAGGGGUGGACAGGAGAGGAUUCACGCAAAGAUGCGGUGGGAGCAGGAGGGCGCAGAAGUUCGGCAGAAGGUACACGCUGCGCGCGAGAGGAAAUUCAAGGCGGCGCUGGGCAAGUACAACGAGCUCUGGGGAGCGCCAGAAUCUGCGUUAAAGAACUCCCGUGCAUGGGUUAUGCCGGAGGCGGGCGCGUUUCUGCGCGUGUUCUUGGAAUGGAUGGCGUCUCGCUUCGGGGUCGCUUUGGCGCUCACGAUCGCGGGAACGGGUGACAAAGGCGAACCCGAUGCUCGCACCAUUUUUGCAGCCGGUGACACGAAGGGAGGUUCUCCGACUCUGGACGAGUAUGCGGCGGACGCUACGGAGGACACGAAAGUCAGGCUCAUGCAAUACGUGUCGAAAAUGAUGACUGGCUUGGUUGCGACUGGACCGUCGGCGAACGUGUCAGAGAACGAGACAGAGGAGCCCGAGGAGGGCGGGGGCCAGACGGUAGACGCGGAUGCGGCGCACGCCCUUCAAUUCAAGGAGGAAUUAGUGACUGAACCAAUGACCCUCGUUGACGAAUCGGGCGCUUCAAAGUGGGCAAUUGAUGAUACGCUCUUAUUCGGUCCUGAGGGUCCAUAUGGACGCUCGGCGGACCGUGAUCCGAUGCACGUGGAUGACGUCCGGAGCGCCGGCGCGACCAGGGCGGACGUACGCGUUCGUGGCUACGACGGCACUGACGGUUCUGCGGAGGUGUCCGAGACAGGGCGUGUAGCCAAGGGCAAAGAAAAGGCGGUAGACAUGACGGUAACGGAUGAUAGUGACGAGGACUUCGGCGGCGAGCUUCAGGCGCUGGACAGUGACGUCGAGGAAUUGCAGGACGCCGUGGUGGAUCAGGAGAUGGCAAGACUGCGGGACGCAUUUAGUAACAACGACGUGGGUCUCAAUACGGCGAUGGCGACGGCCAGCAACUACAUCCAGAAGGUAUCAAACACGCGGGCGUCUUCACCGGCUACGUCGGCUUCCGUGCGAUCUGACUAUGACGACGGCGCCCGGUCAUUGGCGUCUGGUAUCGACGACGAGGACCUUCCAACCUAUGAUCCGUAUUCCAUGGUCGACGAAGACAACGACGAAGCGGACAUCGACGCGUUCCUCACCGCCACGUACGUGGAUCGCCGGAAGAAGAAGAAGAGGGAAAGUUCGCCUCGGACGAUUUUGUUGGGCGGAGUCUCCCGCACGCACAGUGGGCAGAGCCGUAAGAGGGAGCCCAAGCUUCCGGUGGAAGGCGCGGAGGGAAGAAAGGAUAGUGAGAAGAGCGACGAGGACGGCGCGACUGGGUCGGGCGAGAAGGGAAAGAAGAAGGCUCGCACGGCGCGGAUGCCAGCGCCGACCAAAGCUUCAAGAGUGGUCUCGAUUGCCAAAAGGGCGGCGGUACCAUCCAUCUCCGAUGCUCAAUCCGUUCCCGACGCCGAGGGCGCUCAACGGCAAGCGCGGGCUGAUACGGCGAACGCAGAGGCAUCGUCUGCGCCGAAAACUAAGCCCAAGCCUCGCAUGAAGAGGAGGCUGCGGGUCACAUCUCCUGAGCUCGUAGACGACGAGCUCGACGCACCGCAGACAACAGUCGCGGAAGGAGAUGGGUUAGUGGUAGAGGGUGCCGGCAUGACGGAAGCGGGCAGUUUGGCCGCGCGAGGCUUGCUGGAUAACAGAGCGGCGGAUUUGAACGCAGCAAGGGUUGAGGAAUGGAUCAAGAAGCAUACGGAUUCGCAGGCGAAGGGGGAGGGCGCGCUGGCGUGGAAGACGUACAUCGGGACGAACGGCCCUGCUUCGAAGCGUCGCGCACUCUGCGAGCUGGUCAGGCUCGUCCCGUCGUCUCUCCACGGGUCCUAUACAAACAUGGUGGACGCGAUGGAAGGCCUACUGCGUACGGACGAACUCUGGGACGGCGGGAAAGGGGGCCAUUUGGACAAGACGAAACGUCCGAAGGAGGUCACUACAAUGAUCAGCGGGCGCGGCACCAUGCUUGGUACAGCAGUACCCCACGGCUGGGGUGCGCAGAUGGCUGCCUGGUGGAUCUCGCUGCAACCGAGCGAGCGUGGAUAUGCCUCGGAGAUCAGGGAGUUGUCUGCGCCCACGGCGGACAUGGUUUGGGACGCGGUCGGCGAGUGUAAGGGAUACAAGGGGCCAUUCUUGCUCGUCUGGUGUAUGAUGCAUUGGGCGAAGACGCAGAAUGAUCUUGAAUUGUGGCGGGACGUCGCUGAGGAUAUGACGCGCGUCUUCAGGCUUAUCCAGGCUUCCAGGGUACCCGGCGACGCCCGGUCUCCGACUCACAACGUGCCACGGGGCAAUGGGGCGAAGAGGCCGGGCGCUGGUAGCGUCGGAGAAGAGGGGCGUCCGAAGAAGCUGCGAAGGGAUGAAGGUGCAACCGGGGCGCGCUAA